CUCUGCGCAGCAGGAGGAAAAGACUACCGACCCCAGUGUGAAGAGAAUGGCUGUGACUUUAGAAAAGGCCCGAAGGGCGGGCUGUAUGUUUCUGAAAGCACUCUUAAGAUUUGGCUUCAUGGUUGCUAAUAACCUUGUUGCUAUUCCGUCCUACGUUCUAUAUUUAAUAGUACUGCAACCUCUCCGAUUGUUGGAUAGUAAACGGUUCUGGUAUAUUGAAGGAGUAUUAUUUAAAUGGCUUUUAGCUAUGGUGGCAUCGUGGGGCUGGUGGGCAGGAUAUACAGUGGUAGAAUGGGGAGAUGAUGUUAAAUCCAUCUCAGAAGAUGAAGCGGUGAUGCUAGUGAACCAUCAAGCAACUGGAGAUGUUUGCAUUCUAAUGAUGUGCCUUCAGGACAAAGGCACGGUUGUUCGUCAGAUGAUGUGGCUGAUGGAUCAUAUUUUUAAAUAUACAAAUUUUGGAAUUGUAUCUCUACUUCACGGAGAUUUCUUUAUAAGACAGGGAAAAGCUCAUCGUGACCAGCAGCUUGAACUUCUCCAGGAACAUCUAGAAAAAUAUUACAGGAGCCGUGAUCGAAAGUGGAUUGUAUUGUUUCCAGAAGGUGGUUUUCUUAGAAAAAGAAGAGAAACCAGUCAGGCAUUUGCCAAGAAAAACAAUUUGCCAUUUCUUACACAUGUUACACUGCCAAGACUGGGGGCCACACAGGUUAUACUGAAAAAUCUGGUAGCUCAGCAAGAAAAUGGAACUCUGGCAGGUAGAGAUGCUACAGAAACAGAAAGCAAAUCAAAAGGUCUUCAGUGGGUGAUAGAUACAACCAUUGCGUAUCCCAAAGCUGAACCUCUAGACAUUCAGACCUGGAUUCUGGGUUACAGGCGACCAUCAAUUACCCAUGUACAUUACAGGAUUUUUCCAAUUAAAGAUGUACCUGUGGAGCCUGAAGCCCUCACUGUUUGGUUAUAUCAACGUUUCAUUGAAAAGGAGGAUCUCUUGUCACACUUUUACAAAACAGGAGCAUUCCCACCACUGCCGGGACAGACAGAAGCUGUGUCCCGAGCAAUGAACCUUAGCAAUCUGUGGCUAGUUGUCAUACAGUCCCUUGCGUUUUUGUCAGGUGGUAUGUGGUACUGCAUUCUUCAGUAUUUUUAUCGAUGCCUAUUUUAAAAGGGACCUGAGGACACAAUGAGGAACCAGGUACUUUUACAGAGCGCAUCAUGUUAUGUGUCCAAAUGUGAAUGUACUAGGAAGGAACAUACUGGAUGGACUUUCUCCCCUUCUUUGGGGGAUUUUAAACUUCGCUAGAAGUGAGAAUCAGUAACAUAGCGACCUAAUGAUGUAUUUUAAGAACUGUCCAUAUUUUUAAAUGGUGUGUGUUGUCCCCCCCCUCCACACACACCCAUCAACAAAUUCGGCAUUUGAACAGGAGACACAGUUAUACAACCACCAUGGGUGAACAUCUGCAGCAAGAAUGCUUUCACCACAGGUAUUGUCCAGCAUUGUAGUUAAAACUUGGAGUCUUCAGCAACUUUCUCUUCAGUAGUCUGUACUGCAAGUCUUGUGAUAGAGAUCCCUCAUCUGCACAAACUCAAAUUGUAUUGUGAUUAAUCAUUCUGGAUCAGUUUAACCUAUUCUGCAAACCUGAUUAUGGAACUGUGACUGCCCCAUGUUACCUGUUUAGUAACAGCAU